AAGGCCUUGCAAAGCAUUGAGCUGGAUCCUCACAGAGUCCGGGGUGGGGGGGGCCUGGGGGUGCUGCUCCCCCUCAAUCCAGCUUUGAAGCCAACACAAGCACAAAGAGCUGCGAGGAGGCAGAUUCCAGCUUUGAUCCCUUUCAGGGCAUCCCUCUUUUCCCCCAGCUGCCGGGUGUGGAAACUUGACCCUCUGCCGCUUUCAUCCCGGCGUGGGUGGGAAAAGGGCCCUGGGAAUCGGUCCGAGAUGGGUCUGGGGGGCCCCCCAUGCCCCGGCCCCAGCAGCCGGCGCAGGGGUCUUAGCAUGGCUCCAGCAGGGAAUCCCCCGUUACAAACACACGCAGGUGCUCUCCCCACCGCUGCUGUCCCGCAGGCACCGACCCCACCGGGGCUUGGGGUGGCAGAGGGGGGAUCAGGCAGCCCCUGCCUCCCCCAGCACUUAAAGCCUUCCCCAGCCUGCCCGGAUCAGACAGUGCGGAGCAGCCGGAGGGACGCAGCCACUCCGGGCCAGCGCCGUGGGAUCCCGGGAUGAACGGCUCGGCGCUGGAGCCGCUGCCAGCAGCGCACCCCGACCACUGCGUGCCCAGGGACCCGGUGCAGUUCCUGCUGGUGCCUGCUGUCUACUGCCUGGUGCUGUGCGUGGGGCUGCCGGGCAACCUGGUGGCUCUGGCGGUGUUCCUGCAGAGCGGCAAGGUGAGGAAGGCCAUCCGCAUCUACCUCAUCAACCUCACGCUGGCCGACAUCCUCUUCAACCUCACGCUGCCCCUCUGGAUCCCCUAUUACCUGGCGGGGGGGAACUGGCUGCUCUCGGAGGCCGCGUGCCGCCUGGCCGGUGCCCUCUAUUACCUGGCCACCUACAGUGCCAUCACCUUCAUGGCGCUCAUCAGCUUCAACCGGUACAGCGCGGUGCGGGCGGCGCGGCGCGAGCUGCCGCUGACGGGGCCCCGCGGUGCCGCCGUGGCCUCUGCCCUGGCCUGGCUGCUGGGGCUGGGCUGUGCCGUGCCCACCCUGGCCACGCACCAGACCUUCCGCACCCGCACCGGAGCCACCGCCUGCUUCGAGCAGCACGGCCGGCAGCGGGUGUACGCCUACGCCAUGGUGGGCUUCUUCGGCAUCGCCUUCCUGGUGCUGCUGGGCACCUACGCCUCCAUCGCCCGCGCGCUCUCGGUGCCCGCCGCGGCCUCGCCGGGCUCGCACCGGCAGCAGGCACGUGCCAUGGUGCUGGGGAUGCUGCUGGUCUUCGUGGUGUGCGUGGCUCCCUACCACCUCACCCUGGCGCCCUGGGUGGGCACCCGGCCCCCGGUGCCGCUCUGCGGGACCCCCGGCACCCUGGAUGUGCUGCACACGCUGAGCGUGGCCCUGCUGAGCCUCAACAGCUGCCUCGACCCCCUCGUCUACUGCUUCUCCAUCCGGCACUUCCGCAACGACCUGGGGCAGACCCUGCGCAAGAUGGGCCGGUGCCUCCCGCUCCCCCCACCGGCCCCCCCUGUGCCCAGCGCCCGCGCAUCCUCCUUCGCCUCCUCAUAGCG